AUGGGCCGCGUCACAUGACCGGGGCUAUUGAAGUCCCCCUCGGUCUGGACCCGUUUGAAUUCAUUUGGGCAGCGCCAAUGGCAACAUGAGCGGGAACAUCAGCUCUUCUGCAGUCCUGGGUUUCAAUAGGACCGGCCUGGAGACAGCCGAUCGAGACAUGAGCGAUGCCAUCCACGAAUUCAAAAUAUUCAAUAUCACCAUUGCCUCACUAGCGCUGUGCAUUUUGACUUUCACUGGGGUGUUCUGCAGCAUCUCCUGUCUCAGCCGAAGAAGGCAGAGGAAGCAGGCCAGGGCGUACGAGACCAGGGUCGGUCGUGACGGAACGGAGGACGCGGUGGACGUCCGGCGGGUGGAGAGGACCCACAGCCUGCGGAACGCCCUGUCCCUCCUGCGGCGGCAGGGCGCGCCCAAGAGCGCGUCGGGGAUCUACUUCAUUUACAGCAACCCGGCCGCGGUCACGGAGGACGAGGGAGCGACCGACCUGCCGGAGGACGACCGGAGCGGCCUGCCGCCACCGCUCCACCACGAUCCCGCCAGGAACCAGGCCCACAGCGGCAUCAUUCUCGACCCCUCCACGUUUUACAUGCAGCUGUGACACUGUGUUGAGGGAGGGGGAAACCCCAGCACGAGAAGGUGUGGCGAUCCACUUCGGUUCGUAUUUUAAGCGGAGCUCUCAGGAAAGGCCGACGAAAUUCACCAAUGAAAAAAAGCCCCAGCAAAAAUUGUGAGAAUAAGCUCUGUGACAUAAUGCUAAAAUAAGGACUGUAAAUCUAACACUUUUUAUGAGAUAUAAUCAGAUUACGCCUUUCAUCAAAUCGGGAAUGAUAAAAACAGGUACCUUGCACCCGUGUGUUUAUGGUGUGUUGCUUUUUAUAAAUAUGCACGGAAUAUCCAUUUUGUAUGGCUAAGGCAAUGCUACACUGUUUCUAAAAGAGCCAAUCAAACACAACCUAAAAUCUAUUAAAAGUUUAUCAGUUGUC